CAACACCAAAUUAGUAAAACACACCAUUGCUAAUUUACCAUUACAGAAUAAAAAUGUGAACAUUAGUACCGGUUUUAAAAAGUGAUACAGCCUUAAAACGAUUUAUUGUUAUGUUAUUGUUUAUUGUUUAGUUAACAGUUAUUAAUUGAUAUAUUUAUUAAAAUAAAUUAUUUAAUGACAUAUUUAUUCAUACUUUAAAAACUAGUAUCUAAAUUUAAGUUAAAUUUGUCAAAAGUUUUUUUUAUUGCUAAUUUUUUCUUGUUCACGCCUUUAAGUUUAUAUUCACAUUGGAAUUUGCUGCAUACUGAAGCUAUUUCAAGUUCAAAUAAAUGUUUAUCAUCUUCCUCAGGAGCUAUCCGCCUCAUUUCUGCUGCUAAUUUAUGUACAUAUUCCGGAUUUGAUCCACUGGUUCCACUACAUAUUGCUAUUCUGGAAGCUAUUUGUUGAAUAGAUGCUUCACCAGCAAACCACUCAUUGUUUUCGUCUGCUAUAUACACUGUGACUUCAGAUGGUACAGUUAUUUUUAAAUUUAUAUUAGAACGGUGACAUGGAACGAUUUGAAGUAUUUCCAUUACACCGAUAUAAACAUCUCACCAAACAAUGUUGUGCUGUAAUUAAUUCUGAAUGGCCACGCAGUGAAAUGGCUAGGUUACAUAGUUUAGAGGCGUCUUGUGAUACCUUGCCAACGUCUUUGGUUCUGGCUAAAGAAGAAGAAAAAGAUAAUUUCAAAACAGUUUUAGGACAUGCAAAAAUUACACCAAUACCUUCUAUUCCUGAUAGUGGUUUUAUCGAAACAGUGGUAAUAGUUAAUAAUCACAGAGGACAAGGACUAGGAAAAUAUCUUAUGCACAAGACUGAAGAAUACAUGAAAACGUUGGGUUUAAACGUUGCAUAUUUGUCCACGAUUGACAAACAAGAGUUUUACUCAAAACUCGGUUAUAUUCAAUGUCAGCCAAUUUCAAUUUAUGGUGGCCGUUUGAGUAUUAAUAAUUCAAAAAUGGUUUCUGUGAUUGUACCAUCAAGAAAAACAUUCAUGAAAAAACAACUGACAUGAACUAUAUUUUUAAAAUUAUUUUUGUUUAUAUUUUAAAUUACAAACAAGGAAUAAAUAUCACUGAUAUAAA